UAGCAACAUGGAAUUCUUUGGAAAGCUGAUGCGCCUUAUUGGUGUAUGCAAACCUGAAUUUAAUCCAGUUGUAAGUCUGCCAGUGGAAAUAACCCAGAAUAUUUUCAGGAUGUUAGAUCCACGCUCACUCCUGAAUGCGGCCCAAGUAUCCCGCCAAUGGCGUGAUGUAUGUCGCGGUGAUCAUCAAUUGAGAGCCACCGCCAGGCGUCACAUCAGAAGGGAGAAAAGGCGUGCAUACGGCGUAGUCGGUAAGCCUCGUUCUAAGCCGUUCAAGAUAACAGGCCCCACCACAUCUGCGGUACCUGGUAUUAAAGCUGCCCCGGUUAUCUUUGCUUUCGGCCCUUCUGGCAUUUGUGCCGGGCAAGUCAAAGCCCAGAGCGCUAAACGACGCGGUCGUCCCUCCUCAAGAACAGGGAUGGCAAAGAGUAUUCUUAAGUUUAGGUAAAUAUGAAGUAAGGUAGAUGUAUAUUAUUAAGUUAGAGAUUGCGGGCCCGUUAUCUAACUAUAGA